AUGCUGAUUACAUUCAUAUUUAUCGUCUGUACAACCACUGUUUCUGCAUCAACGUAUUAUGCUAUAGCACCCUUUAAUACGAACCCGUUGUAUGGAAGCGUGUACACCUACGAAUCGACAUUAAUGAAAUUUCAGUUCUACAUGAACUUUUCAUUUCAUAUCGAUGAUAAAGAUAUUGAUUUAUACUAUUUUGAAUCUGGCCCUGUUGCUACCAUCGGUCAGAAUUCAUCCGUGUUCUACAUGCCUAUGCAAUGUGGUACGGCAUUUGAACGUUUAUUUCUACUUUCAUUUGAUUUGAAGACAAAGACUUACCAACAGAGUCAAUGGAUAUCACACGAUGGAUUUUUCCAUUAUCUUUUCUACGAUCCUCGUCGACAAAGAUUAUUCGGUUUAUAUUCAGUUAGUACAUUUACAUUGAUUAUCGAAGAGUAUGAUUUGCACACAUUAGAAGCUAUAAAACAGUACACUAAACAAGAUGGUGAACAAUACGCUUUUUCGUAUGCGAAUUGUUAUAUCUUUGACUAUGAAGAAAACUGGAUUGUAGAAGUUCGAACACGAUUUGAAAAUCCAUCUGUACAAGCGUAUUACAUUAAAAUGGAUUUGAAUCUUGUCGGUAAAAAAGACGAUAUUGUUGUCGAUUUUCAUCUUAUGCCCGAAGUUCAUAACCUCUGCAGCAUGACUUAUGAUAUGAAAACGAAAAACGUGUUUGCAACAUGGCAACAUGGAUCGAUUGAUCGAGAUCUUAUUAUGCUUUACAUGAAUCCUUACACAGGUGAAUUCCGAAAUGAAACACUUCUUUUCUCCACACCCAAAGGAUUAGUGGUACAAGAUAUUCAAGCUGUUUAUAAUGAAACUACACGACAGAUUCUGUUCUUUAUUCAUCAUGAAAACGAUUCCACGUUUUCCGAUACGUAUUGGACUCUUUUAGUAGAAUUUGACACGAUGAAAAUUCUCGAGAAGAAACAAGUUAAGAACAUACACGACUUUGACAGAUGGGAAUUGUUUCUUUUAUAA